AUGGCUUCCGUAAAUGCCAGCGCCACCUUGGGUUCUUUCAACCUGCCCGCCCUCGUCAAUGAGCCAUUUAUCUCUUAUGGGCCCAAGUCUGCGGAGCGAGAGCACCUGGUCCAAGCUCUUGCUGAAAUGAAGGAGCAAAUGCCCUUUGAGGUACACCCCAACGUCAAUGGCCAAGACGUGGCUGGGACAUUGGAUCAAAGCCAGCAAACGCCCUUCAAUCACAGCAAGAUGCUAGCCAAGUACUCGCAUGCCUCGCCCGAGCUGGUUCGUCAGGCCAUUGACGGUGCGCUCAACGCCAAGAAGCAGUGGUCAAGGACCUCGCUUCACGAUCGAGCCGCCAUCUUCCACCGAGCUGCAGCUUUGAUCAGAGGACCUUACCGCUACCGGAUGAUGGCUGCUACUAUAAUUGGCCAAGGCAAAAAUGCUUACCAGGCUGACAUCGACUGCACUGCCGAGUCCAUCGACUUUCUUACAAUAUUCCCUACGCUUGCCGAGGGUCUAUACAAAAAUCAACCACCGUUCAAUGCGCCUGGGGUGUGGAAUCGAUCAGAGAUACGCCCACUGGACGGGUUUGUCUAUGCUAUUGCACCUUUCAAUUUCACGGCUCUUGCUGUCAAUCUAGUGUUGGCGCCCCUCAUUGUGGGUAACGUUGUCGUCUGGAAGCCCAGCCCCGGUGCCGUUUACUCGAGCUGGCUUUUCAAUCACAUUAUGAUUGAAGCUGGUCUUCCUGCCGGCGUUGUGCAGUUCCUCCCCGGAGACGCCAAGGAGGUAACGGCCGAGGUACUCAAGAGCCCCGAUUUCAGUAGCUUGCACUUCACUGGCAGCACUGCUGUGUUCCGCAGCCUCUCUUCAGCAAUUUAUUCCAAGAUGGAGUUCUGGAAGUCCUAUCCGAGGCUUGUAGGCGAGACUGGGGGUAAAAACUUCCACCUCAUCCAUCCCUCAGCUGACCUCAAGAAUGCGGUUCUCAAGUCUGUCCGUGCUGCAUUCGAAUAUCAGGGACAGAAAUGUAGCGCCUUGUCUCGUAUUUACAUCCCAGCAUCUCUAGCCGACGACUUCAAGAGACUGCUCGUCAAAGAGACCGAGGCUCUGACCAUGGGUGAGCGCUUCACCGACUUCAUUGGGCCAGUAAUCAGUCGCACCGCAUUUGACCGCAUUGCCAACUACAUCCAGGAAGCAAAGUACGCUCCUGAGACAUCUCUCCUCGCUGGGGGGACUGUAGACGACUCCACAGGCUACUACAUCCGGCCAACCAUCAUAGAGACAUCAGACCCUCGAUCAAGGUUCAUGACAGAGGAGGUCUUUGGUCCUUUCUUGUGCCUCUAUGUAUACCAGGACAACGAUUUUGGGGAGAAGUUGUUCAACCUAAUAGACACCAGUACUCAGUAUGCUCUUUCCGGAGCCGUGUUUGCCAAGGAUCGUCAGGCCAUUAUUGAGGCAACAGACCAGUUAAGAUUCUCUGCUGGAAACUUCUACAUCAAUGAUCAAUGUACUGGCGCUAUGCCUGGUCAUCAACCCUUUGGCGGGUCGAGGGCGUCGGGAACCAACGAUAAGGCAGGGUCUGCUGGACUCCUCUCGAGAUUUGUAUCGUCAAGGACUAUCAAGGAGGGAUUCACCACCAUUGACAGCGUCCUGUACCCAUCUAAUCUGGAUUAA